AUAGACGAGGAUUGGUCCACAGAGCAGGCAUGGCUAUCAGGGUUAAUGCGCUAAAGCCACUGGGCUGCAAUUGGCUUCCUUUCUCUACCCAGACUUCCAAGUGGAAGAAGAAGAUAUCAGUGGCUAGUUCAAGGCUGAAAGUGCAGGCGACUCAAAUGGCAGCAAAUUCGAGCGAGUCUUCGUCCAAAAUUGCGAAAGUUAUUGAUUCCCAUUUGCAUGUCUGGGCAUCUCCUCAAGAGGCCGCUGAAAAAUUUCCAUAUUUUCCAGGACAAGAACCUAGUUUACGUGGGCAUGUCGAUUUCUUGCUCGAGUGCAUGAAAGAAGCAGAUGUGGAUGGGGCACUUAUUGUUCAGCCCAUCAAUCACAAGUUCGAUCACUCUUAUGUUACCAGUGUAUUGAAGAAGUACCCAUCGAAGUUUGUUGGUUGUUGCCUCGCUAAUCCAGCAGAAGAUGGAAGCGGAAUAAAGCAGCUCGAAGAUCUUAUUUUAAAGGAUGGUUAUCGUGCUGUUCGCUUUAAUCCAUACUUGUGGCCUUCUGGCGAAAAGAUGACAAAUGGAGUUGGAAAAGCUAUGUUCUCUAAAGCUGGAGAGCUUGGAGUACCCGUGGGUUUCAUGUGCAUGAAGGGUCUUGAUCUGCAUCUCUCGGAAAUUGAGGAACUUUGCACCGAGUUUCCCUCGACUGUUGUUCUGCUUGAUCAUGUAGCUUUCUGCAAGCCCCCAGUAAAUGAAAAGGAAAACCAAAUUUUCUCUGCAUUCUUAAAGCUAUCUAGGUUUCCACAGGUGUAUGUAAAGUUGAGUGCUUUGUUCAGGGUGUCAAGAAAUCCAUAUCCGUACGAGGAUCUAUCCCAAGUUGUGUCGCAAGUUGUCUCCAACUAUGGCUCCAAUCGGGUCAUGUGGGGAAGUGACUUCCCUUUCAUUGUAGAGGAAUGUGGUUAUAAAGAAGCAAAAGAGGCAGUGUAUAGCCUUGCCCAGAAAGCCCAACUAUCAUCUUCUGAUGUGGAGUGGAUUAUGGGUAAAACAAUUCUGCAAGUUUUUGAUGGCCAAUGGCUUUCUUAAUUGUGUAUAAAUGCAAAAUGGAUUGAUAGAAUUUUCCCAGAAAUAUGCUUUUCCAAUCUACAAGGAUUUUAAGAGAGA